AUGUGGAAGUUUCUAAAUCGAGUGGCGCCUAAACCGCCGGAUAGUCCAGAAGUGGAUAAUAAAGAUGUGAAAGUGGACACUGAUAUCAAUUGUUUAACACUUAAAAAGUUACAUUCCAUACGUAUAGAUUAUGACGAUAUCGACCCCAGUCUUCAACAGUACGAGUCCUGUCUCGUUGAGGCCAAAGAUGAAAGGGAUGCCAUACAGAAGAAAACGUUCACUAAAUGGGUUAAUAAACAUCUAAUUAAGGUUACCAAAGGAGUGGUCGAUUUGUUUGAAGAUCUGCGCGAUGGACACAAUCUUAUAUCACUUCUGGAAGUCCUAUCGGGGGAAACACUGUCUCGUGAGAGGGGGCGGAUGAGGGUUCAUAUGUUGCAAAACAUUCAGAUAUGUCUCGAUUUCUUAAAGCGUCGAAAGAUAAAACUGGUUAACAUCAGAGCCGAUGAUAUAGUGGAUGGAAACCCAAAGCUAACGUUAGGCCUUAUUUGGACAAUAAUAUUGCACUUUCAGGUAUUACAAGAGGAGUACAAUUGUGUUACAGCCAUGUAUUCGUUCAUUAAAGGGAACCGACUGUUCCUUAGGGGCAGUCGUGAUAAAGAAGAUGUCGAUAACAUUCACGACUCGAGCGAACGACAGCUCGUCGCUGACGAGAAGUCCGAAAGACAAUCCAUGGAUUUGCAGACCAAGACUCAUAUGGCUUCUGCCUCUCAAGAGUCGAGAGAGACGUUCACCAGUUCUCGCGCCAGGAAUGGCCUGAAGACGGUUCACACGCAACGAGUGGUCCGAAAGUCAACAACAGUUACGCGCGGAGAACAGAAACAAACGCUGUCAGACAUCGUAUUACACGACGACACCCAUUCUUUCAAAGAGGCUCUUCUCCGGUGGGCACAGAAGACCACUGAAGGCUAUCCCGGCGUUAAAGUCACGGACUUUACUCAAAGCUGGAGGGAUGGACUCGCCUUUAAUGCCAUUCUUCAUCGCAAUAGGCCUGAUUUGUUGGACUACCGCUCGUGUAGGGGACGAACCGCUCGCGAUAACCUCGAGAAUGCCUUCCAUAUCGCCGAUAAGGACUUAGGCGUUACCCGACUUCUGGACCCCGAAGAUGUAGAUACACCGCAUCCCGACGAGAAGUCUCUCAUCACGUAUAUCUCAGGGCUGUACGAGUUAUUCCCCGAACCUCCGGAUCACAAUCCUCUCUUAGACCUCGAGAGGAUCCGACGCAUCGAUGAGUACAAAGAGUUGGCGAGUCGUCUAUGCGUUUGGAUGCGGGAAAGCGUUUCACGGCUUCGCGAACGACAAUUUCCCAACACUUUGCAAGAACUCAAAGUCCUUCAACAGGAGAACAAUCGCUUCCGAAUCGAAGAGAUUCCGCCGAGACUUCACGAUAAGCAACGUCUGGCGAGUUCUUAUAAAGACAUCACUAAAAUGGUGGCCGCUUUGCCCGGAGGUCAUCAUCGCAUUGAAGAGGAAUAUAAGAUUGAAAACAUCGAACACCAGUGGAAUAAAGUGAUUACCGCUCACUCGGAAAGGGAUCACGCGAUCAAUGAAGAGGUCCAACGAUUGGAGAAAUUGCAUCGUUUGGCUGAGAAGUUGUUGCGAGACAUAAAGCAAUGCGACAUCAAAUUGGAUGACAUCGAGCGACAGAUUGUCGAAGAAGAGAAACGCGUCCAAAGACUCCAUCCGUUGGACACGAAGUUUAAUAUUGAGAAAAUCGAAGCCGAACUCAGACAAGAAGAGGAACGCAUUAAGAAUAUGUUUAAAGACGUGCAGACCCUUCGCGAGGGCCGCUAUCAUAAGGCAACUGAACUCCACAAUCGGGUACAACAGCUCCACCAGAGAUGGGCUGACAUGAAACUCGAGUUCCAGACCCGAGUGGUCGACGCAUUAGCCGCCAGACGUGCCGAAGCUCUUCGAAAGCCAUUAACCGAAGAGGAGUUAAUAGCGAAAUAUCCGUCCUUUAGAUUCCUUCAGGAAUGCAUUGUAUGGGUUCAGGAGAAGCUCAAGAAACUUGAAGGACUCGAUUUCGGCCACGACUUGCAGUCUGUGAAGGAAUUCCUGGAACAGCAAAAGACUGAACACCGAUCGAUCGAUCAGUUCCAGAGCAAAGUAGACCAAUGCGAUGGAAAGAAGCACGAGUUUAAAGGCGAGGAGUACGAGGUUUACACUCGUAUGUUGAAUAGACUCCAUAAGGGAUACUCCGAACUCUUGGUGAUGUCCAACAAGCGAUUGAGUGAUUUAGACACUCUGUUAGACUUCGUCCAAUCGGCCAAUAAUGAGCUAAAAUGGUUGGCAGAGAAGGAAGAGGUGGAAGUGAAUCGCGAUUGGAGUUCAAAGAGUAUUAAUUUGGUAGAAGUGGAACAAUCGCAUCGGCAGCUCAUCAGUGAUAUGGAGAGACGCGAACACCAGUUCAAUGUGGUUCAGGAAAGGGGCGAAAGUUUGAUCCGUCAAAGACAUCCGGCCACCAAAUGCAUCGAAAGCCUUAUGGCACGCAUGCAGUCUCAAUGGUCAUGGCUUCUGCAGCUCGUCAACUGUCUGGAAGUUCAUUCCAAGACUGCAGGCGAUUAUCACCAAUUCUACAACGAAGCCCGAGAGUGCGACCAAUGGCUCUCUAAAGUGGAGGACAAACUCAACACCACUUAUAGUAAGUCCAGCUUUUCAUUAGAAGACGGAGAGCAGCUCUUGAAGGAAAUGAAUCGACUGAAAGAGGACAUCACCCGAUACGGCUCUGUUGUGUCCGAUUUGGUCUCAAAGAGUAAGGAUGUGGCGCCACUGAAACAGCGAAAGGCAGCUCUUCCGCGACCGAUCAAAGCGCGGUCCGUAUGUCUGGUCAAACAGGCGGGACAUACCAUCACCAAAAACGAAAGCGUCACUCUUCACGACAACUCACAACGAGCCAAAUGGAGAGUCACCACAUCCACAGGCAAUGAGCUGAGCGUUCCGGGAGUGUGUUUUGUGAUCCCACCGCCUGAUCAGGAGGCCAUCGACACCGCCAAUGAACUCAAGAAGCGCUACGAAGCUCUGGUCCUCCUCUGGGCCCGAAAGCAUCAUAAGCUCCGACAGAAUAUGAUUUUUGCCACACUUAAGAUCGUUAAGGGCUGGGAUUACCCGACUUAUUGCGCAAUGGAUCCCAACCAACGCGACUCUAUUCUCAGAGCGCUGGACGACGACAUUGAGAAACUGUGUCGAGAGGGACCGCCCAAUGAUCCCGACUCUCAGCGUUUGCGCGACGAAAUGAACGCUUUAAGGAAGAAGUUCGCCGAAUAUGACGCCAGAAGGCGAGCCGAAGAGGACGAGAAGUCGAAUAAAGCGUUGACUCAGAAGUAUACGGACGCCGCCUCUACUCUAUUGGAAAGAUUGACCGAAAAGGAGAGAAUUUUGGUCCAAAGAUGUCAAAACCCGAUCCCAAGAGAUCGCGACUCAUUGGAAUCGCUUGUGAUUGAACACAAAGAAUGGGAAAUCGACACGAAAUCAUAUGAGUCUGAAAUAACUCGAGUGAAAGAACUGUUUCACAACAUUCCUCAGAAAACACAAGCCGUCCAACGAAACUACGAUGAGAUCCUCGAGACGUGGAAUAGGAUUUGGAGUCUUUCGCAACUCUAUAUCGAGCGCUUGAAGACCGUCGAAACCGCUCUCUUAGAUCUGGAGAAAGUGACUCAAGUGGUCACUAAAGUAGAGAUCCAAUUGGCGUCUGGCGAUGACUUGCCGGCGGAUGAGGUGGCGCUGAGACGUGUCCACAGCGAACUCGUCGACUCCCAGAACGAUAUCCAAAGAAGUAAAUCUACUUUCGAUGAGCUCAACGUCAGCGCUAACAAAGUUAGACGAAUUGUUGAGCGAACGCGUCCUAAGGCUGUCACCCAUCCCGAUGUCAAUCGCAUUGAAGAUGAUGUCAAAAAUCUAACUAAAAGAUGGGCUAAUUGUGAGACGACUACAAUCGAAAGAUUGAGGAGCUGUGAGGCCUGCGCUGAUCUCUUACGUACUUAUAAGAAGAGAAUGGACAGCGAGAGGUCAUGGCUCAGCCAAAUGAAUGCCAAAGUCAACACUUUGUUGACCCGACCAGAUCUCGAAGCGGCGACAAAAAUAAACGAAUCGUUAAUCGAGAGAAAGCCAUCGAUCGAAGACACGAACGAAUCCGGCGGACGAUUCAUACGAGAGGCCAAAAUAUAUGACUUAAAGAUUAAGAGUUAUAGAGAGAAUCUGGAGGACUCGCACCCUAGUCUUGACGCCAGUGCUAAGAGAUCCCGCAGAAAUCCCGGUGCAGAUGUUGUCGCUCAAGAAUUGGAUCAGCUUAACAGCGAAUACAGUCAACUAUUGGAGAACAUUCGCCAUCUUCUUAAUAAAUCUCUACAGGAAACUAAACUAAUCAGCAGAUUAUCAUUCAAGACAUAUCGAACUGACUUGGGAUUAGCUGUUAACCAAACAUAUAACCAAAUGGACUUAAAUAAUGACUUUAAUACUACUACCACUACUUCUUUAACCACUAUUUCUAACCAACAAAACCAACCAAAGAGUCACUCAAAUGACUUUAACCACAAUAAACUUGAUUACGAUAUGAGUGCCAAAACUUGUAAAACCACAUCAACUCUUGUCCUUAAAACAAGUGAUUCCGACCCCAAAUCCAAGGAAUCGGUUAGCAUUGAACAGAGAUUAACACAGUUUUUACCGUCUGAUGGUAUGAGUGUUGCCGAUCAGACUGACGGUAUGGGUCGGGACGGUGUCAGUGUUGGCACACCUCAGGCCUUAACCUUCUCUGAAAUAAAGAGCACUCGGCGUCUAAUAACCGAAUCUACAGAAACGGAUGCUAUAAAAGCAGAUACAUGUGUACGAAGUGCGAGUAGAUCUCCGUCUCCGCCCUCUCCUAAAAAGGCAAAGUCUGCCUCAGAUAUCGUCAGACAGAGUAUGAAAUCAAAAAGAGUCUCAAAUAAAGUUGAGUCGCGGUUUGAUAUGCGGUCGCGCUCUCCAACUAAACACACAUCCAUUGAGUUAAACAGUAGCUCUGAUAUCAUUCCUACCAGUGAUAAGUCCGGUUCCUCAUCACCAGAGAGGAUGAGUUGCAGUUCCAGCAGUUCUUCUUCUCACGAUUCGUCCGAUCGUUCGCCUAAACAAUCAAUUUCUAAGACUAAAUAUAAAAAGGAUUCCGAAACCAAAUCCAUGUCAUCUUCGUCGCAGAGGAUGUCUCCCGAUAAGGAGUUUACAAUCAAUGAAACGAGUUCUUCGGUGUCGCAGACAAAGACAUCUUUUUCUAAAGAUAUUGUUUCCAAAUCUGAGAUAAAAUCGUCCACUUUUGAGGAAACGGAAACUAAAAAGAUGUUUAAAUCUAAGAAAAUAAACGGAAAAGAGAGCCAAAUCUCUGAUAUUGUUUAUUCCGAAAAAGACAUUCAACGGGAAAAAUCUUUAUCUCCCGAUUUACACAAAACUUCCGAUACAUUUGAGUCGAGUAUUAAAUCCGGCAAAAGUGUGGCUAAGAAAAGAGAAAGCGAUUUGAUUAGUGAACAGUUAUAUGAGAGUAAUGUUGUCAGUAGUAGUGAUAACCGUUUGACAUCUCAAUCAAUGACAAGUGAAACAACGGGCGCUUACACUCAAGUGCUUGAGUUGCCGCCCGAGGGCUGGCUUUUAGAGGAUGCGAUCCAUCAAAAUAUUGUCGACUCCGAGUCGGGAAUGUUUGCCAUUCCGGGAACCGAUCGGUUGGUGUCAUUUGAGGAAACGGUUCGCUUACAGAUUAUUGAUCCCAACUCUGCUGUUGUGGUCGACCCGAAGACCAAUCGUAAAUUACCUCUUCUACGGGCGUUUGAUAAGGGAGUGAUUGACUCGACCGGUCAUUAUGUGGGAGAGAAAUGCCAACAAAAAGGAGUUUCGAUGAAAGAAGCGAUUGAUUUGAAUUUAAUUCGAUUCCAAGAGACGCAAAGAAGCGACGAUUUGUCGCUCACACCAAAACUGUUGCGAAUCACAACCGUUGAGGGCGGGGCCGACCAAUUGGAUCUGAUUGUUAGUCCAGAGGCGACACAACGAUCUCAUUUAGACAUUCCAGAGUCCACUGUCACGAGAGAACAGUUCAUCGGAAUCGAUGAUAACAUCUAUUAUAGCCCUCAAAGUAAUACUAUUUUGAUUGAAAAAACUGGAGAACGAAUGGAUUUAAUGGAAGCGAUUCGUUCAAAAAGAGUCGAUCCAAAGGUGUUUUUAGUGACUGAUCCCGAAAGUGGUAAAUGUAUGUCACUUGAGGUCGCGCUCAAGAAGGGUAUUGUCAACAGGAAAACGGGGGAAAUAUCACCCAAAAAGGGCUCCAAAAAGUUAUCGAUUCCCGAAAUGCUAAAACAGGGUCUAUUAGUCUUAGCCGCCAGUCCUUUAAUAUUGGCCCAGACUUUAGAGUCAUGUAUUGAAUCGAGUUCUCCAACAACUUCUGUCGCAAAAGGAGCCGCACUUAUGCGCGCAAAACCAGAGACCAGUCCUUCUAUUAGAUCCGAUUCGGUGACGACAGACAACAAAGAUAAGACCAAAACCACAAAAGUGAUCAAAGAAACGGUUCAGACAAUUAGAUCGAGAGAAUUGUUUAUUAAAGAUCCCAAAACUCAACGAGAAGUGUCGUUAGACGAAGCGGUUGUGUUGGGUCUCAUUGACGCCGAAACCGCGCAAAGCCUUAAAGAAGAAGACCAGAGACGGGAAGGAGUGGGCGCUCACAACAUAACUGAACUUACAAUUCACGACCCGAUGACUGACCAACAGGUGUCGGUUGAAGAAGCGGUCAAACGAGGUCUUAUAGACGCCGUUACCGCUCAACGGCUCGAAAGGGGAGAGAUUGUGGACAAUGUGGUCAAAUCAAAUGUUACUGUUAUGGAGUCCGACACUAUUGAUGGACAUAUCAUUCCUAAAGACAAAUCAUUGAGUUUAGCACAAAGUUUGCCCACAAGUAUUAAAGCAAAGACAUCACCAACAAGUAGUCCGACAAACAAAUCGCCAAUAGGUAGCCCAUCAAAGAGGUCACCGAUUGGUAGUCCAACGAGAACUUCGCCAACAGGUAGUCCACCGAAAUCGAGAUCAUCUUCUAGUAGUUCGAGUCCCAGUCGUUCUCCAACUCGUACUAAAUCUCCCAAAAGAGUGUCUCUGAAAGAGCCAUCAUUUGAAGUAUCGAUGGGUAGCCCACAAACACACUCCUCUCCCGAACGCGAAUCCGUUGUCAAACGAGUUCCGCGGCGUUCAGUUUCUCCGCAAACUGCUGUCGCGGAAGCGUUGAUAAGCAAAGAAACUGCAGAAAUAAUAGAGUCGGUGCCGCACGACAUGCCUUUAGAGGAGGCCAUUGUUGGCCAUAUAAUCGAUGGCGAAAAGGGCUCUAUUAUAGAGCCACAGACUGGAGAGAAAGUGUCCAUAAGAAAGGCAUUACAUUUGGGUCUCAUUGAUGGCGACAACAAAGCGUUAAUUUAUCCGAUUGGCCGAAGUCUGUCUCUUCCGUCACUUAUAGAGAAAGGUCUCUACAAUCCAAUAGAGCGGCGAAUAAUCCACUCAGAAACGGGUCAACUCUUGACUCUAUCUCAAGCCAUUGCCUGUGAUAUCGUCGACAAGAAUUCCAAACUAAUGGAUCCCAAGACUAAGAAAUCCAUUACAUUAGAGGAGGCCAUCAGUAAAGGAGUGAUUGAUUCAGUCAAUUGUGACGUAACGACAGUUUCUAGAAGGAAGAUGCCAUUAGUAGAAGCGGUGGAAACCAAUUAUCUCCGAUUACCAAAGACCCAGAAGGAGAAGUCUUCUCAGUUAGAGAAACCCAUUCCAGAGUUGGCUCUUUCAUACACCGCUGCACUCGAGAGUGGUUUCAUUGAUUUGAAUGCAUUACAGUUCACACAUCCUAUCACUAAAGAAGUGAUGCCAAUCAGUACUGCCAUCAAAAAGGCACUCAUUUCUGACGUUAAAUAUACUGAAUCGACACCUAUUGACGGCUCGACUCUAAUGACUGAGACCUCUGUCCCAGAAGUUGUAAAACCAAUUUCGUCUCAAACAAUCUCCACACCACUUGUGAUAGAAAGUCCAUCAAAACAGGUAAUGACUGUUAAUGGGAAAGAAAUGAUUAAACAAAACGGCGACAAAAUUGAGAAACAGUUACCAAAAGAGGAAACAAUUGAAAAGAGUAAUCAAAUUAAUGACACAAUUAAGGAAAUCAAUGACAAGAAAAAUGUUGUUUUUUCGAUUGACUCGACGACUAAAUCUCAAGUCGCGGCAGCAGUCGUCCAAACGAGUGUUGAAACAGUGAUCACAUCCACCGGUCAGGUCACUCUUCGGGCCUCCAGUGCUGUUCAAUCGAUGGCUAACGUCACCAAAUCCGGUGAAAUGAGUGUCACGACCGGCACUAUUACCUCCCCUACGACUGCGGAGGCCAUACAAAUAUCUCAAACAUUUCCGAAAAUAGUAUUUCAAUCACAAGAGAUAUCCACACAAACUGACGGCGAUUCUAACAAAUACACCAUUUCUGGUAUUUUUGACUCAUUAUAUGAUAAGGAGAGCAAUCAAUUCCGAGACCCGGAGACUAAAGAACUGGUCUCAUUGGAGCAAUUGAUUGAAAGGGGAUUUGUAGACAUGGAUGCCAUUAUAUUUGAUGCCAUAGACGGCAACACUAAGAGCACUGGAGAUGCCAUUAGGGAGGGAAGGAUUGAUGCAAAGGAGGCAACUCUGAUGGAUAUUAAGACACAAACCAAAAUGGCAAUAAGUGAUGCCAUCAAAGAGGGUCUAUUAGCAGUAGUGGGCGCCCCCAUAAUCGCUGCCCAAUCAGUGGGCGCUGCGGUUGUAAAACAAAAAACUAGUGAAAGCAGAACGAGUCAAACGAAUACCACUCCCGCCGUUGCGCCCAAACAAACGGCUUCUAUUCAAUCACAGACAGAGGUUAACCGACAAGAGAUAAGUACCGAAACAACAGUAACCUCUACUGACUUAACCCAAACAGAGGACGCUUUGGCCGCAGCUCUCAGAUGGCUGUCCGACACCGAAGAAGAGAUGGCCAAUCAGAAGCCUAUAUCUGCCGACUAUCAGGUGGUGAAGGCUCAGCUUCAGGAGCAGAAAGUGCUCCGAAAGAUGAUUGUCGACAAAGAGUCGAGUGUUAAGUACUUGUUAUCGUCGGCCAAAGUUUUAAUUAAAAACCUCGAUUCGGGUGAAAGGACUCCCAUUGAGAGACAGAUGAGUGAAAUCACGCGACGAUUCGACAUUAUUCUCGCCAAAUGUAAUGAUCGGAUGUCGACUCUCGAACAGACACUGCCUAUCGCUCGGGCUUUUGCAGAAAGGAUUAGUCCUCUUUCCGAUUGGCUCGAGUCGUCGGAGCGAAAACUGGCCACUCUUUCGACCCAAAUCCCAACCGAUCAAAACCGGAUUCGCAAACGCAUUGCCGAUCACAGAGCUCUUCACGAAGACAUCAUUGAACACAAACGCGAUUUUGAAGAGUUAACAGAAAUUGCACAGAAUUUGAUGAGUUUGGUCGGCGAUGACGAGGCACAGGAUGUGGUCGAACGGCUCCAGAGAGUGACCGAUCGAUACGCCAAACUGGUUGAAGAUAGCGUCGCUUUGGGCCGUCUUCUCAAUCAAUCGCACGAAGAGUUGGGAAGUUUUGUUCUCAGUUUCGAAGACAUUCUGGCGUGGAUUCAAGAGAUGGAGUCCCGAUUGAAUCGAUUCCGUGUUCUUAGCGUUUAUGUCGACAAACUUAAAGAACAAGUCGACGAAUUGACCGAAAUGUCUGAAGAGAUUCACAGUCACCAGAAGAAAGUGGCAGAUAUUGUCCAUUCGGGUCAAGAGAUUAUGAAACACUCGUCGGGCGGCGACUCUAUAUUCAUAAAAGAGAAAUUGGAUUCAUUGCAGUCCCGGUUCAGUGAAUUGACGCACAAGUCUUCGGACAAACUGCAACAGGCGAGAGAAGCGCUUCCCAUUUGCCAGAACUUCCACGAGUCACACAAUACACUCAACACAUGGAUGGAUGAGGCGGAGCGUGACCUCAAGAAUGUCAACUCAUUGAAUCUGAGCGCUCAGGAGAAGAUCAUCACCAAAUUGGAGAAAGAGAUCCCCGAAUAUAGGAUUCAUUUGGAGACAAUCAAUCACUUGGGGCCACAGCUGUCGUCCAUAUCUCCAGGUCAGGGCGCGGCCACUAUCGAGGGCUUUGUCACCCGAGCCUCGCGUCGAUUUGACGCCAUUUGCGAACAAAUCCAACGCAAAGCCGAGAGAAUACAACUCGCGAAACAACGAAACGGCGAAGUGUUGACAGAUAUCGAGGAACUGCUCGAUUGGUUCCGCGACGCCGAACGGCAACUAUUAGAGGCCGAACCCAUUACUCCUAAUCCCGAGGCGUUGGCCAUCCUAUUGAAGGAAACGAAAGCAUUGUAUGACGACAUCAAUAGCCAAAAGGGAAGAGUAAGAGAUGUGAUCACAAACGCCAAGAAAUUGAUGCGCGAAUCGAGUGGAGAGGAUUUGGCGCACAUUAGAGACAAAUCGGAAGAUCUGAAAGAACUGGCGAAUCACGUCUCGCAGUUGUGUCAGGACAGACUCAACGCCUUAGAACAGGCGCUGCCAUUGGCUCAACACUUCUUCGAGGCUCACAUAGAGCUGUGCCAGUGGUUAGAAGAGGCGGAAAAUGAGGCACAAAUGUUGGGAAAGCCGGCCAUUCAUGCGCCACAAAUCAGACGACAACAAGAGAUGACCAAAGCGUUGCUCCAAUCAGUGGCCGAACACAAGCCACUCGUCGACAAACUCAACAAAACGGGCGCCGCUUUGAUGCGAGUCAUCUAUGAAGAGGACGCCCGACAGGUCCAGAAGAUUAUGGACAGCGAUAACGAUCGCUACAAUAAGUUGCGAAACAUUCUUCGAGAGCACGAGAACGCACUCGAGGCCGCACUUCAGGCCACGUCUCAGUUUGUGGACAAAUUGGACGGAAUGCUGAACGCGUUGAACAAUACGGCCGAUCAGUUGAGAAACGCUGAGCCGAUUGCCGCACAUCCCGACAGAAUUCAGGAACAAAUUCUCGAUAAUAACGCUAUUCUUAAAGAUCUGGAUAAGAGAGCGGCCGCUGUGGACGCCAUUAAGUUAGCGGCCAGAGAUGUGAUCAGUAAAGCGGGAAAGAGUGACGAACCGGCCAUUCGGGACAUUAAGAAAAAGUUGGCCAAAUUGAAUGACUUGUGGGAUGAGGUCCAGAAGGGAGCCAACAGUAGGGGUCGUUCGCUGAGCGAUGCCCUGAAAGUGGCCGAAAAGUUUUGGAAUGAGUUGAAUAACGUAAUGAAAGCCAUUCACGAUCUUCAGGACACACUCAACAAUCAGGAGCCGCCGGCCGCCGAACCCAACGAAAUCAAACAACAACAGAACCAAUUGAGUGACAUUAAGCACGACAUGGAUGUGACCAAACCAAAGGUGGAUCACUGCAAACAGACCGGAAGAGAUCUCUUGCAACUGUGCGGAGAGCCCGACAAACCCGAAGUGAAGAAACAUAUCGACGAUUUGGACAACGCUUGGGAUAACGUGACUUCACUUUACGCCAAACGCGAACAGAAUCUGAUAGACGCGAUGGAGAAGGCGAUGAAUUUUCACGAAAUGCUUCGCAAUCUUCUGGACUUCUUGGACAGAGCGGAGCGUAAGUUUGACGGCUUGGGUCCGAUCGCCGCCGAUAUCGACGCCGUUAAGCGACAGAUCAAGGAUUUGAAGGAAUUCCAGAACGAAGUGGACCCACAUAUGGUUGAAGUGGAGGCACUCAAUAGACAGGCACAGGAACUGCUGCAAGACGUACACCCGGACAGAGCGCGCUCUAUCAGAGGGCCAAUCAAUGAUAUCAAUCGUCGUUGGGAUGUGUUGUUGAAGAAUAUAACGGACAGAUCAGCCAAUUUGGACAACGCUUUGUUACGUUUGGGUCAAUUCCAACACGCGUUGAAUGAAUUCCUCGCUUGGGUUUCAAAGACCGAGCGAACGCUCGACGACAUGAGGCCUGUGUUCGGCGAUCCGCCGGUCAUUGAAGUAGAGUUGGCUAAACAUAAGGUUCUUAUGAAUGACAUCGACGCCCACCAGACGAGUCUCGACACACUUAACAUUGCGGGCAAACAAAUGCUGGCUCUGGAGAGGGGAACCGAUAGCGCGCGAACCACUCAAACCAAACUCAAUGAUCUGAACUCUCGUUGGGAACAAUUGGUGGCGAAGGCUAACCAACGGCAGCGAGAACUCGAGGACUCACUGAAAGAGGCGCUCGCUUUCAAUCAAGAGAUUCAAGACUUGCUGUUAUGGCUCAAUGAUGUCGACCAACAGCUGACGUCAUCCAAACCCGUCGGCGGACUUCCCGAGACGGCUAGAGAGCAGUUGAAUCGUUUUAUGGAGCUCUACACCGAACUCGAGUCCAUUCGACCUAAGGUUGAAUCAGUGCUCAAACAGGGAGAGGACUAUUUGAGGCGUUCACCCGACGGCGCGGCCACUAAUUUGGCGCACAAUUUGAAGACACUUCGCCAGCGAUGGGAUAAUGUGUUGAGUCGUGCGAACGACCGAAAGAUUAAACUGGAAAUAGCGUUGAGAGAGGCGACAGAAUUUCACGAAGCGUUGCAAGAGUUUGUCGAUUGGUUGACGUCUUCGGAGAAAUAUCUGUCAAACUUACAGCCAGUGAGUCGUAUUGUGGACAAUGUGUUGCAACAAAUCGAAGAACACAAGCACUUCCAGAAGGACAUCGCCGCUCACAGAGACGUAAUGCUAAAUCUGGACAAAAAGGGAACUCAUCUCAAGUACUUCAGCCAAAAGCAAGACGUGAUUCUGAUUAAGAAUCUAUUGGUCAGUGUUCAGCACCGAUGGGAACGCGUUGUGUCUAAAGCAGCCGAACGAUCGCGAGCUCUGGACCACGGAUUAAAAGAGGCCAAAGAGUUUAGCGACGCCUGGAAUGAGUUGAUGUCAUGGCUGAGCGACGCCGAGAAGACAUUGGAUUCGAUCCAACAAAUGGGAAAUAAUCCCGAAUUAAUUAAACAAAUGCUCGCAAAACACAAAGAAUUCCAGCGCUCUCUCGGAGCCAAACAGUCGGUAUACGACGCGACCAUCAAAAUGGGCCGAAGUCUCAAAGAAAAGGCGCCCAAACCUGACGGACCAGUGCUUCAGGAAAUGAUCGAUGAGUUGAAGAAUAAAUGGAAUUCCGUUUGCAAUAAAUCAGUGGACAGACAGAGGAAACUGGAAGAAGCGCUUCUAUUCUCAGGUCAAUUCAAAGACGCGAUUCAGGCUCUGAUUGAUUGGUUGGACAAAGCGAAGAAGGAGUUAGCGAUGGAUACACCUGUUUAUGGAGAUCUCGAUACCGUCACUGCACUCGUCGAUCAACACAAGGCUUUUCAGGAAGAGUUCAAGAGUCGCGCCAAGAAUUUGGAAUCCGUUCGUAAAACUGCCAGAGAUUUGUUACAAACGGCUACUCCUGAAGACGCGCGACAUAUUAAAGAGCAGAUGAAUAUAUUGGACACCAAAUGGGAAGAAGUGUCGCGACUCAGCGAUGAGAAGCAUAGGAAACUGGAAGACGCUCUGAAACAAGCGGAACAGUUGCACAAAUCGGUUCAUAUGCUUCUCGAAUGGCUGUCCGACGCGGAGAUGAAACUGAGAUUUGCCGGACCUCUGCCUGAAGACGAGGCGACCACAAGACAACAGAUCUCAGAACACGAGAGAUUUAUGCGGGAAAUGGCGUCACAGGAGAAGAAUAAAGACUCGACGAUAGCGUUGGCGCAGGAGAUCCUCCAGAAAUGUCAUCCCGAGGCGACGCCUGUCAUCAGACACUGGAUUACAAUCAUUCAGUCGCGUUGGGAAGAGGUGUCCGCUUGGGCUCAACAGCGAGAACAGAGACUUCAGGACCACUUGAGGUCAUUGAGGAAUAUAAUGGAUCUGUUGGAAGAGCUGCUCGCGUGGCUCAUCGGCGCCGAAGCUUCACUAUUGGCUGCCGAAGCGCAACCACUGCCCGAUGAAGUGCUCGCACUCGAGCGCCUCAUUGAAGAACACCAGAGAUUUAUUGACGAUAUGAUCCGAAAAGAACCGGACGUCGAGAAAGUGGCCAAAGCUUUCACAACCAAACGCGGAACGAGAGAACAGCUGUCAAAGGGUAUCGACAGCGCAAAGGGAAGGCGAGGACUGCCUCCGCGCACCUCAACUCCAACCAGAGGUCACGUCGAGCCUGAGAUCAAACACCCGCGCGCUCGGGAACUGCUCGAGAAGUGGAGCGUUGUCUGGAAGUUAGCGAUGGAUCGUAUGAAACGACUUCAGGACAAACUCAACUACAAUCGAGAGUUGGAUAGAAUGCGAAACUUCGACUUCGAUGAGUGGCGCCGAAGAUUCCUCGGAUGGAUGAACAACAAAAAGGCCAGAAUUAUGGACUUCUUCAGAAAGAUCGACAACGACAACGACGGAAAGGUUACUAAACAGGAGUUCAUCGAAGGCUUCCUCGCCUCCAAAUUCCCGACCAGUCGUCUGGAGAUGAAUCGCGUCGCGGAUAUAUUCGACCGCAACGGCGACGGCUAUGUCGACCAGAAGGAGUAUUUGGACACUUUGAGACCCGAUAGGGAUCAGCCCAAGACUGAGGCCGAGAUUAUUCAGGAUGAAGUGCAACGUCUGGUCAACAAAUGCACGUGUCUUACGAAAUACAAGGUCUUCCAAGUGGGCGAAGGCAGAUAUAGAUUCGGUGAAUCGCAAAAACUCCGAUUGGUUCGCAUUCUUCGCAGUACUGUUAUGGUGAGAGUUGGCGGCGGUUGGGUAUCACUGGACGAGUUCCUGGUCAAGAACGACCCCUGCAGAGCUAAAGGCCGUACAAAUGUCGAGCUUCGCGAGCAGUUUAUUUUGGCCGAUGGGGUGAGUCAGUCGAUGACACCCUUUAAGUCUAAGUCGCCCAUUAAACCCGACGGAACUAUCAGUACUACGGGUCCAAUAACUAAGGCGUGUCCUGAAUUGUGUACGUCUUACCGGCCUCUGCCCUGCGAUUUCUCUUCAAGAAUACCUAUUCCUCUUCAUCUUUGGAUCCGAGAAAAGAGCGAGCGUUCCGUACCUAUGGCUCAUCAACAGCACUAUCGUUAUGGAAAUUCUACGAGCGAUUAUAGUUUCAGUGAUCAGGCGGACAGUUCCGGUGCAUCCAAAGGCCGCCCAUUAAGUCGUCUAACAGUUGGAUCUGGCAGUAAACCAAACUCUCGGCCAGAAAGUCGUCACUCGAGUCGUCCGUCGAGCAGAGCUGGAAGUGAUAUGUCUGUAGAAAGUCUUGAGGGUUACCAACAGCGACGAACAGCUCGUACAUCGAAAUUGGUCUCUCGUACUAAUGGCACAAAUGGCACACGAGAUCAGUGGAAGAUCUAAACUAAUAUAUUCAAUACAAGUUAAUGCCCUUAACAUUAAUUAAUAAUCAAUGAAAGGAUAAAACAUAGCAUUAAUUACUUAAUCAUAUGAAUAAUUGUCUGAUAUAAUGGCAAUAAUAAUCUCUAAUCAAAUUUAUAGUUCACUAACAAUGAAAACCAGUCAUUCAGUCAUAGCAAUUGCCGUGAACUGCGAGCGCCUCAAACACUAGUAAUCACUAAUUUGUCUAUUUUUGUACUUAACUAAUAGUAUUAUUGAAAAUAUGUUUGAAUUCAUAACACUUUGAGCCCUCCCUGAGACCACACUUUUAAAAUAGCCUGAGUUUAGGCCCGAAAUGUUGCCUAAAAAUAGUCUAUUUUGACAAUAAUGUUGGAAACCAUAGAAUCCCUGAUAAGGAUGAAAGGGCUGCACAUUCUCUGGUUUUAAGAAAAAUACAUUUUUAAAACACAUCUAUUUUUUCAUUAAUUAAUAUAAACUAAUAAAUUGUAAACUAAACUAUUGAUAAAAUUGUAAUAUUAUUUGAAAUAUAGAAUAAAAUUGAGAGUAACUUAUAAUACAUAUAAUAAAUAUAAUAAACAUUUAAAUUCUUUUUAAUAAAUAUUUAUAUAAAA